AUGGAAGAUCCUUUGAAAAUUAGGAAUAAUGAUAAUACUUGGUUGUGUGAAGACUGUGAUAUUGAAUUUGGAAAGCCUACUCGACAACUAAAGAGAACUAGUUCUCGAGUAACCUCACUAGUACAAAAGGCUUCCUUAAGAAAAGCUCGAAAGGGGGGCAAAAAUUAUAAAGAUAUACAAGACUUUACAAGGCAAAAUCAUUCAAAUACCAAAAGGAAUACUAUUGAUAAUAGUAAAGAUUGUAGAAAUCAAGCUAUUUUGGUGAAAUUGAUGACUGAUAUAUAUAUGGACUCUUCAUCUCCUCAAUGCUCUAAAGAUGUAAAGUCUCCUGCAUCUACAAUCUCAACGGAAAAUAAUAUGAGAUUGGAGUUUGAACAUGAGUACAAGAAUUUGCACUUCGAUGAUGAUGUAAAUACACUUGUUGAAGAUGAAGAGUAUGACAAUGAAUCGUUUAGUUGUAGUUAUGAAGAACAAAAAGAUAUUGUGCAACAUAAUGAAAGUGAUGAUGGUACCUCAAAGGUAUACCACCAAGAAAAAUCAUCCAAUUUAGUCAAAAGGAAAUUUGAGGAUUGUUUUCAUGAAAAUGACUCUGAGGAACUAGACAAUACCGAGAAUUCAAAAAAUUCAUCUUAUCAUGAGAUAUGUGAUGAACAUAAUGAAUCAAAAAAUAUUGGGAAAAAGUUGAUUCUUGAAAAGAAUUUUGGAGAGUUGAAUGACUUAAAACCUAAACCAUCCAACCUUGACAGUGUCAACAUUUCAGCAUAUUGUCCACCUAACAUAAGUGCAACUAGGAAUUUUGGUGCUACUGCAGUUUUUCAAUCAAUUCCAAAUGUGUUAGCACAACCAAUUAUUGAUAUCUCAUGGAGAGGAAGAUGUGGCAUGAUAUGUAAUUUACAACAUAUAACUUUGGGAAUUACAGCUCAUCUUUCAAAUACAGCUUCAUUAAAGGUACAUGGAGCAACAAGUGUAUUGCCACAAGAAUUGAUCUUUAAACUUGUGCCAAAGCAAGAAGUGUGGCCUAAAGCUUUUGAAGCCUCACCUCCUAUGACUGCUGAUAUUGCUUUAUACUUUUUUCCAUCUGAAGAGAGAUUUUGA